AGGAGCACACAAGGGGGGAAAUGAUCAAUCAAUGAUCUGCGCUAUCUCUGAAGAGCUAUCCUGCAGCCUGUGUUAUGCAGCAGUUCUUGACAGCUUCUAAGGGAAAGGAAAGAUGAACACAGAGGCUGUUGGGAAUGAGACCUCUCCAACACCUAGUAUCCUUGGAUUCCUUGUAACCACCACCAAGUUGGUCCCACUAAGUCCUGUGGCCCCAGGGGAGAAGCCAGACCCUUUGCCUAUUAUCAUCGCACUCAUCUGCAUCUUUGUCCUCCUGGCUACCUGUCUCAUCUUCAUCACUCUCUGCAAACCAGCAGCACUCGACCAGGCCCGCUAUGGGCCACACGAGUGCAUGCCCUACCACCCAGAGGAUGCCAGUGAACCGCAGCUAAGGUUCUGGAAGCGACUGGGCUCCCUAAGGCGUUCCAUAAACAGCUUCAGGCGGGCCCAGCCUAUCUCCCAGUGCCAUCGGACCUGCUCAAGGAUGCCACCAGCCACCCAGGAUUGGGACUUCAUGGAGUCCACUAAAAUGUGACAGCUAUUCUGCUGCAAAAACCAACUCACCUCAUUGCACAAAACACCCCAUUCACCGCUGUCAAUGAGAUCUCAAAUCGUCCAAUACCACUCUGUGGAGCACAGAGUCAGGACAGAGACCUUGGGAGAGAAGAGUGGCAGCGAUUCCCGUACCUACGGAAAUCUCUAAAGGAGUCCCACAGCCCACAAUGUGGGAGCAUGAAGUUUGUAAAGACCGGCUGAUGGAACCAGAUCACACCACUGUGGUACUGUUUCUUGGGGCCCUACAAUCUGGAACUAACCAGCAGUGAGUGACAUAAGACCAGCAACAUCUGCUAGCGAAGCAUUUGACAGAAGGCGCCACUAAUUCUAAAGCUCCUCGGAAAGUGUCUCCCUGGAGCUAAGGUGUCUAUUUCUCCAAGGUUUGGUAGUUUGAAGUUUUCCCCCAUCUCUUUUACUAUAAAGCCCAAGGGGGUGCCCACGCCGAUAUUAAAAUAUCUGCCCUCUCCCUCACAAACAGAAGCAUUAGGGUAUGUCUACACAUAACCCACAACAGUGGCACAGCUGCACCUCUGCAGUUGCAUUACUAUAGGGAUUCAGUGAAGACACUACCUAGAACAACGGG